UUUGAAAGAAUAUGCAUACCCUGCGGUGCAAUAGGUGUGGCAUGUGUGAGCAGUUUAAAGGUAACAAUAACCUAUAAUGGUGGCAUUUUUUUUAUCCAUUCCACACCGAGGCUGUCCCGCGGUAGAAUGGAACUGUGAAUGUUUGAGUAGAGAGGGCUUCAACGAGGCACUUUUCGCCGAAAAUUAGUUCGAUACAGAUUACUCAGGUGCGGAUUUAGCAGAGACCGAAAUAGCACAGUUCACCGCUGACUCUGCUGUAGAUCUAGUGUUUCUCAGAACAAAUUCAACGAAAAGCUCAGAAUGGCAUUUAAAUUUGUUGCUCUGUGUGCCCUGCUGGCUGUCGCCGCCGCUCAACAAUACGACCAACACUACUAUCAGCAGCCACAAUACCACGCCCAGCCCGCUUUGCUGAAGAGCCUCCAGCCGGCCUUGGUCAAAACAGUUCAGCCAGCGUUGGUCAAAAGCUACCAACCAGCCUUGGUGAAAACCGUGAAACACGUUGAAUAUCCGGAUGCACCAGCCGAGUACCAGUUCGCCUAUGAUGUUCAUGAUGACCAGACCGGAGAUGUUAAGAGCCAGCAGGAGGAACGUCAUGGUGACAAUGUCAAGGGAGUCUACACCCUGAUUGAUGCUGACGGUUUCCGUCGCAUCGUAGAAUACACUGCCGAUGAACAAAACGGAUUCAACGCUGUUGUUCGUCGGGAACCUCUAGAGGGCCACAAAGUGAUUAAAGCCGUAGCUCCAGUUGCCAAGCUUGCCUAUGCUCCAGCUCCGGUCCAACAUUACCAGCCUGCCCCAGUUCACCACUAUCAACCAGCUCCCGUACAGCACUACCAGCCAGCCUUAGUGAAGGCUUACACUGCUCCAGUUGCCAAAGUAGCUGUUCCGGUUGCCAAGGUAGCUUAUGCACCACACCCGGACACUGUGAACCACGUUCAGUUCAGCGGCCACUCCACCAACUACAAUUACUAAAAAAUAUCCUAUUGUCUGAGAAGACUACGCCUACGGAACGAUGAUGAACUUUUGACAUUUUGCCUCCAUCUGUAUGGAGACUUGAUCGUUAUCUAGUUGUAAAUAUGUGUAAAUAAUGGUGAUACUAAAGAUCGAUUAAAGCGAAUAGAUUGCAAAACAAA